CAGUUUUGCAUUAACCUAAAUUAGCUUCCGUUUGUUUCAUGUUUGAAUUGCACAAAUCAAAUCCAAAUUUGCUUAACCUGCCAUGUGCCAAAUCAGCAAAUCACCAACUCCGGAAAGGCAAAAAGUCGAAAAUAUCACCUCCGACUAGGGAUAAACUCGUCAUGAUCCUAUGUAUUUAUACGCGGUCCAUGACGUUACCGUCCCAAGAAGACAAACAAUGGCGGGUGCUUCAGAUUCCGCGGCCGCGGCCGCCGCCGAGCUAUCCGUCGACGGGAACAUCCUCGUCUCGAAAGCUCUUGCCCGAUUCGGCGUCUCCCAUAUGUUCGGCGUCGUGGGCAUUCCCGUGACAUCUUUGGCCAAUCGCGCGAUGGCUCUCGGCAUACGCUUCGUCGCCUUCCACAACGAGCAAUCUGCAGGGUACGCGGCCUCCGCGUACGGGUAUCUCACGGGUCGACCAGGGAUUCUCCUGACGGUUUCAGGGCCGGGUUGCGUGCACGGCCUCGCGGGUCUCUCCAACGCCUGGGCAAAUACGUGGCCGAUGGUGAUGAUCUCGGGUUCGUGCGACCAGAAAGACGCGGGUCGAGGAGAUUUUCAGGAGCUCGAUCAGGUCGAGGCCGUGAGACCCUUCUCGAAAUUGUCGGAGAAAGUGAAGGAUAUUCGUGAAAUCCCCAAUUGCGUCGCUCGGGUUCUCGAUCGGUCCGUCGCUGGUCGACCCGGUGGGUGUUAUCUGGAUCUACCGACGGAUGUGUUGCACCAGAAGAUUUCGGAGGCCGAGGCGGAGAAUCUGCUCGUGGAAGUUGAAAAAACGCGCAAACCCAACCCGGUUCCGGCUCCUCGGAGCUCCGAUAUUGAAUCGGCGGUUUCCCUGCUGAGAAAAGCGGAGAGGCCAUUGAUUGUGUUCGGGAAAGGUGCGGCUUAUGCGAAAGCGGAGGAUGAGCUGAAGAAGCUUGUGGAAAUUACUGGAAUACCCUUCCUCCCGACGCCGAUGGGUAAGGGUCUGUUGCCGGACACGCACGAGCUCGCGGCGAGCGCGGCGAGGUCGCUGGCCAUCGGCAAAUGCGACGUGGCUUUAGUGGUCGGGGCGAGGCUCAAUUGGCUGCUUCAUUUCGGAGAGUCGCCGAAAUGGUCCAAGGACGUGAAGUUCAUACUGGUCGAUGUCUCUGAAGAAGAGAUUGAACUGAGGAAGCCCCAUCUGGGCAUUGUUGGGGAUGCCAAAAAAAUUCUUCAGACGAUCAACAGAGAGGUAAAGGAUGAUCCUUUUUGUCUCGGGAAGACUCAUCCUUGGGUUGAAGCAAUUUCUACCAAAGCCAAGGAUAAUGGGGUGAAAAUGGAGGCUCAGCUGGCGAAAGAUGUCGUGCCCUUCAAUUUCUUGACGCCUAUGAGGAUAAUCAGGGAUGCCAUUUUGGCUGUCGGCAGCCCGAGUCCUGUUAUAGUGUCGGAAGGAGCCAACACCAUGGAUGUGGGAAGGUCGGUGUUGGUUCAGAAAGAGCCAAGGACUAGACUUGAUGCAGGGACAUGGGGCACAAUGGGUGUUGGUCUUGGAUACUGUAUUGCUGCAGCUGUUGCUUCGCCUGAACGCCUUGUGGUUGCUGUGGAAGGUGACUCUGGGUUUGGGUUCAGUGCCAUGGAAGUGGAGACACUGGUCCGCUACAAUCUCCCAGUGGUGGUGAUAGUCUUCAACAAUGGUGGCGUCUAUGGUGGUGACCGGAGGAGUCCUGAAGAGAUCUCGGGCCCUUUCAAAGAUGAUCCAGCUCCUACAUCUUUUGUCCCUGAUGCAGCUUACCAUAGGCUUAUUCAAGCUUUUGGGGGCAAAGGCUAUGUUGUCGAGACACCCGAGGAACUGAAAUCUGCUCUUUCUGAAUCAUUCUCUGCAAGAAAACCGGUCGUUAUAAACGUUAUCAUCGACCCUUUUGCUGGAUCCGAGAGUGGGAGAUUGCAGCACAAGAAUUGAGGAGAUAUAAUGAGAAUAAACCCUGAAGGAAAAAGCUAACGGCCCCCAAUUCUAUUUGAGACGUUGUUGGAACCUCAGGGACUAAAGUUUGCAUUUACUUAAGUACAGGGCUUUUUUGAAGUUCCGGAAAAGUCAGGGCUCUUCUGUGAUUUGACGUAAAUUCAGGGUUAUUGUGUUGUGUUCUCUUCUAUCUUUUUUUUUUUUUUUUUAAUCUCACGGUUCUCUUAUGUGUAAGCAAUGCCAAUAAUAUAUAUAAUGUUUUGUCUA